GUGCAAGUUCCCCAUUGAGUUUUACUGACUGGAGUUUGACAAGGAGUACCUUGCCGAGGAGCAGAUCCUGCGGAUGCUGAAGGACUACAAUUCCCAAAACAGCUUGUUGCUACCUCCACGCGCCCCAGGUGAGAAGCUGCCUGUAGAGGUGCUGGAGUAUUAUGAGGACCAGAAGAGGCUGCAAGAUGAGCAGGCAAAGUCCGGGACGGUGGAAGCAGCAGGCCAGGCCAAUGCAGAGCAUUGGCAAAGCACUGCCAGCGGCGAGGAGGCUGCAGGAGAACAGGAUAACAGCCCUGUCUACAGAGCCGUCGCCCGCCACCUUGGCAUUGAUAUAUCUGCAGAAGGGCGUGCAGCCCAAAAACGCAGAGGAAUUGUCGUCAUUAUCCGUGGGGCACCCCUCACAGGAAAGACCUCAGCAGCGACUGCCCUGUCCAAGUACUAUGGCGCUGCCUGCUUGUCCAUUGACGCCGUGGUGAAAGAAGCCAUCUCAGACAGGAGGAGCUUGGCAGGGCUCCGUGCGCGGGAGCUGUGCAUGGCGGCUGCCUUUGAGCAGAGCUUCAAGGAGGCAGAGGAUACCGGUCAAAGUGCAAAUGUCUCCACCCGCCGCGAGUUCAGUGCAAAGGGCAAGCGCAGCUUCAAAUGGAAAGAGGCCCUGCGGUCUACCAGAUCCCAAGUCCAGCCCUGUAUACCUGCACCACGACGGCUGAGCAUCAGUGGCAGCACAGCAGGAGAGACGGGCUUUAUGAGCUGUGUGCUGCCUGAGGACUUGCUGGUGGCCAUCCUCUCUGAAAGGCUGAAGCUGAGUGACUGCUACCAGGGAGUGGUGUUUGAUAGCCUGGAGACCCUCUUUGCACGCAACAUGGCGUCUGCUCUCCUCUGCCUGCUUAAAGCUGUCGGAAAUCGACCUCAUAUCUAUUUUGUGAACCUGUCCCAGGAUUAUGCUUCUUGGAAAGCCAGGGAGACAGCAGUGAAAGAGCACAAAGAACGGGAGCGGGAACAAGCUACCAGGAGGGAGAAAGAACGUCUCUGGGAGGUGAAUGAGGAAGAAUACGACAGCCUCACUGAGGAGGAGAAAACUCAGCUUCAUAACAACAUAAGACAAGUUCAACGUGAGAGGAAAAAGAGGGAGAUGGAGCAGCUGGCUCGAGAGCUUGACAAAAAGCAGCAGCAGGAGUUCAAACGCUUGAAGAAAGAGCUGAGGGAAUCCUCUAAGGUGGAGAAGAAGCAACUUGGAAAAGACAAAAAUACUGCUUUGGGGAGUAAAAGCCAGCCUAGAGAGAAGCAGAACAUGAACACAUCCACCAGCGUCAUGUCCACCAGCAUCCUGCUUAGUGUCACCAAAUGGGUAAAAGAGAAGGGAUCUGUGAAGAAGGAUCCAAGCUCUGUUGCAAGUGACAAGGAAGUCACAAAGCAGGGGAGCAAGGUUCCCCUGAUUGCUGCCUGCCCGACAGUGGAUGUGGAACGUGCAGCCCCGGGACUGUGUGAAACUGAAAACAAGGCCUUGGGUGACAGCGAGAAGAACUUGGCCCUGAGGUUUAAGAUCUACGAGGCAUCACAGAAGGGCGUGGCAUGUAUUUUGUCAUCCUGGGACAGAGCUCAGGGUAUCCUGCUGUCCCCUCUGAGCCACGCAGAAGACCAUCACAAGCAUUUAUUCAUCUCCAGGAGCCAGAAGGAUAGAAAGAAGGAGAGGCCAACUGAAGGUGUGCAGAGAGAACGAGUGGCUGGGAAAACCGGAGGCUUUUGAGAAGUCCAAGUUAACCGUUCUGGAAGAGGAAGCUACAGAAGAGUCAUCCAUAGGCCAAGAUGGCAGGGUGCCCUGCUUGGAGAUGCAGGUGCUGAAUACAGAAGACGUGACUAGGAAGAUCCUGGAGAGUGGCAAGUUGCCAGCAGCAGAGCAGAUCCUGGAUGAACUGGGUCUGGGUCCCUCGGGGCCUCCUGUUCCUGCUACUGCUUUUUACUCUGUGGUCCAUUACCCAGAGAAGCGGAUGGCCCCUGCAGCAAAAGCCUCUGAGCACUUCUUCUUUGUUGCACCAGAAGAUGCCACUGUGGAAGACAAAAUGAACGAUCCCUCAGGUCACUCAGAUGUGCUCACAGUGAAGACAUCAGAGGAGCUGGCCACCCCGACCAUGGGUGGGUUGAAGGACCAGAAAGCUUUGCACAGCCAGCAGACUUCCAGGAAGAGACUGAGCCCCAGCCAGGGCAGGAAUGGUCACUGUCAUGAACCCACAGAUUCCCCCAAUGUGAACAAAAGUGGUGUGGACACGGUCCCAUCCCCAGAGAGAACUGCCAGGUGAGCUGCGAGGAAGGAAGUGAUCCCUCUACUUUACAUCCAUCUCACUGAACGAGGUGCCUCAUCCACAGCUCUGCAGGGAUGCUCUGCUGGCACCUCCAGGGGAUGGCGAGUCCAUGACCCUCUUCUUUAUCUUGUUUGCUUGUUAACAAGGUCUGAAGCCUCCUCAUCAGUUGCUAGGCUGAGUCACUGCCGGUGGAUCGUACCUGCCCAUGGAGAGGUGGAACUGAAGGUCCACUUCAGCUCCACGGAGCUGGGCCACUUCAAGCAGACGCUACAUUUUGAAAUCCUGGGGAC